UUUAUUGUACUGAAACUCAGUCAAAAUAUUAUUGCUGACGGUGCUAAAAGUGAUUGUGGCGCGUCCUGCUUCCCUAACCUUAAAACACGAUGAAUAUCUACAAACUACUGAAAUCUGUAACAAUUUUUUCUUUCAUAAUCUUGGAGGCAGAGUUUGUUCAAGCACAGUGGAGAAACUUCACACGUCCACCUGGUUUAGGAUAUGCGAUGAGAUCAAGACCGCAAGGUUCAUAUGCAUAUUCAAGAGGAAGACAUGUCCAAUAUGGAAGGCAAAGAUCAGGCCCAUUUCGAAAGAGUCAACAUGCUGUGCAUAGGAGCAACUGGGUCCCACCUUUGGAGCCGUACAUAAGACCCUCAAUACGACCAACUAUGUCUGCACGGGAAAAGCCCUUCAACUUUCGUAUGAAAGGCCGCUCAUUUGGAGGAAAUCGAAACUAUCCAGGUUCUUACGGUGGAAGGGAUCGAGGCGGCUUCGCGUCCAGAAGAGGGGGAUUUUCAACCGGACGAGAAGGGUUCUCAUCUGGACGCGGGGGAUUCUCGUCUGGACGGGAGCAGUUUUCAUCCGGGCGAGGGGGAUUUUCAUCCGGACGAGGAGGGUUUUCUCCCAACCAAGGAAGUAAUCCGGCAGGACGACCAAGCUUGAGCGAAAGAAGAGGACCAGGGCAAUGAAACCUGGUUGGUCUCAAUAUUUUCUUCAGAGCUGAGGGCCUAUGCUCAGAGCGUGUUGGCUGGUCCAUGACUAAAACCGGCAGCAGAGAGAUUUCUCUGGCAAAUAUGCGUAUUCACUCCAGCAUACAACUCUGUUCUAUUUUUAAAAAAAGACAAAAUCUAUUUUAAUUUCACGUAAAUUUUUGUGAUCGCAAUUGGCUUAACUUAAUAUAUGUCUACAUAAUCUAAGUAUUUUCUCCACAAAUCUCUCAACGAAUGGACUCCUUCAAGAAAAAGAUAAUCAAAGAAUAACUGAGGACCCUUGCAGAUGUGAGAUGGUGCACUCACAGAUCUAGGAGAGAGGGAUCGAACCUCUACGGAACGCUGAUGAGGUGUCAUUAACCAAUCGGCUGUAGUCGUGUUUCAGCUCGUACUCUUCGUCAGAGACAAGUCAAGUCACACGUUGGUACUCGAAACUAAAUAAUGAACGUACCGAAAAUACACCCGGCUGUGUUUGUGAGUGUCUUUCAAAAACCGUUCCUAUAAGGAAAAAAAGUGAAUUGAAUGAACAUAGCGUCCCGAUAGAGCAAAAUACUGCAUCCUUAAGCAUUCAAUGCAGUUUCAUCAUUUCGCUGUCCGUAUGGUGUGGAGGAAAUUUAAAAUACUUUUCGUUAUCUAAUAUAUAUCGAUCGAGAUCUUUAACUGUAUAAA